CUGUACAGCUGUGUCAUGAUCGCCCGUUAUCUUUUGACACGAGGACCCAAACGAAGAAGAAGAGAAGCUGCUCGUGCCGAAGCGGUCAGCAGCUCCGAGCGAGACGGACACAGACUCCUCCGAUGCGCUCAGGAGGGAGACAUUCAGGCCCUGAAGGAGCUCCUGCGGCGAGGCUGUGACGUCAACUUCCGCGAUGAUUUCUACUGGACGGGUGUGAUGUGUGCGAGUAAAGCAGGACAGACGGAGGCUGUUCGGUUGCUCCUGCGUCACGGAGCUGCUUGGGUGGGAGUGGUGGACAAACAGGGCAGAGAUGCCCGGGAUCUGGCCCUGCAGGCUGGUCACCAGGAUGUAGUGAGAGAACUGGAGCAGUUUGUGAUCUCUGACACGCCAAACAUACCUACUACAAAUCAUGCACAGAGUGCUGGUUCUCAGUGGUGUGAUGUGUGUGCCGUGCAAUACACGGACAGCACUGAAACACACUCCAGAUCCACGCUGCAUCAGUUCAGUAAGCUCCGCCCCCCGGCCACGCCUCAAUACUGCCUGCCCUCCUCCAGCACCAGCUAUAAAAUGAUGCUCCGCUUGGGCUGGAACCCCUCCUCUGGUCUGGGCCCCGCCCACUCGGGCCGCAAAAACCCAGUCAGCACGAUACUAAAGAGAGAUCAGGCGGGCCUGGGAUACGGAGAGCCCCCGCAGCCCAAAGUCACACACUUCCAAGCCAGAGAUCCUCAGGCAGUGCAACACAUGCAUAAAGAGAAAAGACUGAGACAGGAGAAAGGAACGACGCUCAGCGCUAAAGAACUUAAGAGGAGAGAAGAGCGAGACCAGAGAUGGGAGAGAGACUACCGUGCUUCGUUUAACUUUGACUUCUGACCUGAUGUGCUUUACUGCAGAGACUUUUCAUUUUUCAGUACGAUUCAUUUGAAAUGCGUUGCUUUGACAGUAACUCAUUUUAUCGUCAAGCCAUUAAAGACGGCUGGAACAGUAUGAAAGUAGACAUUUUAUAUAGAAGACAAAACAACUGUAAACAGGAACUGGAUGAAACAUUAUUUAAAAAAAAAAAAAAAGCUGUCAGUGGGUUGUGAUUAUAUAAUUAGAUUAGAAAACAUGAUUAAAUUCUGUUUUUUUUUU